AUGGAUCGUAGUUGGAUGAAAGCUAAUCGUUUAGGUGCAGAAUACGAUAAAGGAAUGGAAGCAUUUUUUCAAUAUGCUCGUGAAAAACUUCCUAAUAAUAAUAAGUUUUAUUGUCCAUGUGUUAAUUGUUUGAAUAGAGAGCCGCCACUUUUAAUAGAUGAAAUAAGAAAUCAUCUUGUUUGUGAGGGCAUUUGCCAAAGUUAUACCAAUUGGAUAUGGCACGGUGAACCGUCAAACAAUACGUCAAGUGUGUCGGAAAGAGAGGUAGUUGAUGUAGAUAUGGACAAUCGGCUAGAGGACAUGAUCAAUGCUAUUGGACCCGAGUCUUUUCAGCAUGCUCAUAUGUACGAUACUUUGUGCAGUGACAAUGAAGAGCCAUUGUAUUCGGGAUGCACUAACUUCACACGAUUAUAUGCUGUGUUGAGAUUGUUCAACUUGAAGGCAAGAAAUGGAUGGACGGAUAAAAGUUUUACCGAACUACUUGAGUUGUUGUGUGAAAUGCUUCCUGAAGGAAAUAGAUUGCCAAAUCGUAAUUACGAGGCAAAGAAGAUAUUGUGUCCGAUGGGUAUGGAGUACAAGAAAAUACACGCAUGUCCUAAUGAUUGCAUAUUAUACCGAAAUGAGUAUGAAGAGUUGAAGGAGUGUCCCACAUGUGGGCAAUCACGUUUCAAAGUGAAAGAUGGUGAUUUGAAUAGUGAUGAAAACACAAAGCGUCUUCCUGCAAAGGUGUUGUGGUAUCUUCCAAUAAUUCCAAGGUUCAAAAGAUUAUUCGCUAAUUCAAAAGAUGCAAAGAAUAUUAUAUGGCAUGCGAUUGAGAGAGAACGUGAUGGACAACUUCGUCAUCCAGCUGAUUCUUUGCAAUGGAAGAAAGUUGAUGAUUUGUAUCCGGAUUUCGGUAAUGAGGCAAGAAACCUUAGGCUUGCACUUGUUACUGAUGGAAUGAAUCCAUAUGGAAACUUAAGUAGUAAUCAUAGUUCAUGGCCUGUUCUAUUAAUCAUCUACAAUUUGUCUCCUUCAAUUUGUAUGAAACGAAAAUAUAUCAUGUUAUCCAUGAUGAUUUCGGGCCCAAGGCAGCCAGGAAAUGAUAUAGAUGUUUAUCUAAGUCCUUUGAUUGAGGAUUUGAGAAUGCUCUGGGAGGAAGGUGUUGAUGUGUUUGAUGGCUAUUCCCACGAGAAUUUCAAGAUGCGUGCAAUGUUAUUUUGCACUAUCAAUGAUUUUCCCGCAUAUGGGAACUUGUGCGGUUAUAGUGUUAAAGGACAUAAGGCGUGUCCUAUAUGUGAAGAUAACACAUGCUUCCAACAAUUAAAACAUGGAAAGAAGACAGUGUACCUUGGGCAUCAGAGAUUUCUUAAACCUAAUCACCUAUAUCGUAGGUUGAGAAAAGCGUUUAAUGGAGACCAGGAGAAUGGAAUUGCUCCAAGAGCAUUAACUGGAAAGGAGGUUUAUGGACGGGUGAAGGAUGUCAAUGUUCUAUUUGGAAAGAACCAAAAACAAACCACUCAUACAAAUAUAUGGAAGAAGAGGUUGGUGUUCUUUGAUCUACCUUACUGGUGCAAUUUAGAUGUUAGACAUUGUAUUGAUGUGAUGCAUGUGGAGAAAAAUGUGUGUGAUAGUGUAAUCGGAACACUUCUCAACAUUCAUGGAAAAACAAAGGAUAAUGUAAAUGCUCGUUUAGAUAUGGUUGAGAUGGGUAUACAACAACAAUUAGCUCCACAAUCAGCUGGUAAGCGGACAUAUUUGCCUCCAGCUUGUCAUACUUUGUCAAAAAAUGAGAAGAUAAGCUUUUGUGAGUGUCUACGUAGCAUAAAAGUGCCUCAUGGUUACUCUUCAAAUAUAAAAAGUCUUGUCUCAAUGAAAGAUUUGAAAUUGGUUGGCCUAAAGUCUCAUGAUUGUCACGUAUUGAUGCAACAACUACUACUAGUUGCUAUUCGUGGCAUAUUGCCUAAAAAGGUUAGAGUUGUCUUAACUAGGCUUUGCUUAUUCUUCAAUGCUAUUUGUAGCAAAGUCAUUGAUCCUAAAAAAUUAGAUGAGUUAGAAAAUGAAGCAGCUGUUAUCUUAUGCCAACUAGAGAUGUAUUUUCCCCCUUCUUUUUUUGAUAUCAUGGUGCACCUGAUUAUUCAUCUAGUGAGGGAGAUUAGAUUGUGUGGUCCUGUUUAUUUGAGGUGGAUGUAUCCAGUUGAGCGAUACAUGAAGAUCUUAAAAGGGUAUGUGAAGAAUCAAUAUCGUCCUGAAGCAUCUAUUGUUGAGAGAUACAUUGCAGAAGAAGCUAUUGAGUUUUGCUCCGAAUACAUGUCUGAAGCAGAUGCUAUAGGAAUUCCUAAGUCUCGUCAUGGUGGAAGAUGUGGAGGUAUUCGAGGUUUAAAACUUAAGAGCAUAGCCCGAGCGGAAGUACUUCGAGCACAAAUGUAUAUAUUGAAUAAUACUGAUGAAGUCCAACCUUACAGUUCUGCUCACAAAAACAUUGUCAAGGAAACAUUUCCUCGAAUGAAUGAAAAAUGGGUGUUGAAUGAGCAUAACAAGACUUUUUUAAAGUGGUUUAAAAAAACCAUUUUAGCUGAUAAUACAUGUUCUGAGACAUUGAAAUGUCUAGCAAGGGCGCCUAAAUUUGAUGUCAUAACUUGGACUGGCUAUGAUAUAAAUAAUUUUACAUUUUAUACAAAGACCCAAGAUGACACUAGUAGUGUGCAAAAUAGUGGGGUUAUGGUUGUAGCUGAGUUCAUGCACUUCUCUAGUUCAAAAGAUAAAAAUCCUGUUAUGGCAUCAAUAGCUUACUAUGGGGUCAUAGAAGAGAUUUGGGAUAUCAAUUUCAUUACAUUUAAAGUACCUCUAUUUAAAUGUAAAUGGGUUGACACAAAAAAUAGUGUUAAGACUGAUGAAUUUGGUUUUACAUUGGUGGACCUUGAAAAGGUAGCCUAUAUGGAUGAACCUUUUAUUAUGGCAUCUCAAGCAAAACAAGUGUUUUAUGUUAGGGACCCUUCUAACAAAAAAUGGUCAGUGGUUCUCCAAGGUAAAAGCAACCACAACCCUAAUGAUAGUGAGCAUGCAACACUAUAUAUUUAUGAGACUCCUUCUUUUUCUCAACGGGUUCCAACUUUAGUUGAAGAUACUAUUGGUGAUGAGGUGUAUGCCACUCGUGAAGAUCAUCAAGAAGGGAUAUGGGAAAAUAUUCAAACAAUACACAAUUAG